CCAAAAACAAAUAAAAAGAAAUCAGAAAUCGUAUUAAGUCGAUUUUGUAAACUAUCACGGGUAAUAGUAUUUCGAAUUUCCCGCCCCUUCAGAGCUGCCAGACCGUCGAAUUGGCAUUUCCAAUAAUGCUUUACAGCACUGAUGCAUUUUGAAUUCUGAAAUUUUCACUUAUUGUGAGAGAAGGGAUUGCAAAAUGGUUGUGGGUGUUUUUCCACUUGGGAAACUCGCUUUGCUAGGCAUUAAGCAUAUAAGUAAACCCAUUAGCAAUCUGAUUAAGCGAACGGCAAAAAAGAAUGAGUCAUUUAAAUCCCUGGUUGUCUCCCCACCAGCAAGAUUAUAUCACGUAAUCGAUGUGCGCUCAAAGAUGUGGAUGCUGGGACUGGGACAACCUCGGUUUAUUCCCCCAUUAAAUGAUGCAAUGAAAAUUGAAAUGGGCAGCGAUAUCCUAGGCGAGAUGUGCAUCUUUUUGAUUGGUGCUACGCUCAUAAUAGCAGAGUUCUCCAGGCAGGCAAAGAAUGACAGAAUAAAGCAGCAAAAGCAAAAGGCGCAUCGGGAGCAACUGGAGGAAAGAAUUGGUGACCUAGUCAACAAGGUAUCCCGACAGGAGAUGGUUAUCAAUCAGCUUAGAACGAUGGUGAGGCGUAGAGAUAGCGAUCGAGGAUAUAGUGAUACGAGGGAUCCGGAAUGUAACUAA